ACUAGACUAUAUAGUGUUGUCAUUUCAAAUUACCAACUGCGAACUGUCAAAUUAAUGUCAACUGUCAAUGUCAUAACGGGAAAAUAAGUGGCGUCGCCGCGCAUUCCUAUUCAAUGCGUACAAUAUUUUGUUGAAAUUAAAAUGAUUGUUUGAGUAGCUAGUAACGAAAAUACAGUGUUAACUUAAAGACAUUUGUGAGUGAGUCGAAUAUGGCACAGCGGUUUCCAGCAGGCGGGCCGUCACCAGCCCCGCCGCCAGGCGCUCUACAGCCACAGCAGCGUUACCCGGGCCCUCAGCAGCCCCCGGGCUCGCCCAUGCCUCCGCGCCCGUACCCUGGACCCAACUUCCCGGCUCGCAGUGGAUUCACGCCGCCACCGGCGGGUGCUGGCGGUGCGGGCGGCGGUGGCGCGGGCGCGGUGCCGGGGCGCGCGGCGCCGAGUGCGUACGGCGGCGGCGCGGGCGGCCCGGGCGCGCGCCCUGCCGCGCCGCCGCCCGCACCUCACGCGCCCCACGCGCCACACGCACCGCACGCGCCGCCGCCCAAGCGCACGGCGGAAGCACGCGGCGCGACGCCUCACAAGCCGCUGUACGCGGGCGAACCGUAUGCGCCGCCCGCCGGCAAGCGCAAGCGACGCCUCGCUGACAAAAUCCUGCCGCAGAAAGUGCGCGACUUGGUGCCUGAGUCGCAGGCCUACAUGGACCUGUUAGCAUUCGAGCGCAAGCUGGACGCCACUAUCAUGCGCAAACGACUCGACAUACAGGAGGCACUCAAGCGGCCCAUGAAACAGAAGAGAAAGUUGCGCAUAUUUAUCUCCAAUACUUUUUAUCCUGGACAAGGUGACAAAGCAGUUCCGUCGUGGGAACUUCGCGUAGAAGGCCGCUUGCUCGACGACUCCAAGAACGAUCCGAACAAGUCAUGUGACGAGUUGCAGGUGAAGCGGAAGUUCUCGUCGUUCUUCAAGUCGCUCGUCAUCGAACUGGACAAGGAUCUGUAUGGACCCGACACACACCUGGUGGAGUGGCAUCGAACCCUCACCACGCAGGAGACAGACGGGUUUCAGGUGAAGCGGCCGGGAUACAAGAACGUGCAGUGCACGAUUUUGCUGCUGCUGGACUACCAGCCGCUGCAGUUCAAGCUGGACCAGCGCCUGGCGCGGCUGCUGGGCGUGCACACGCAGACGCGGCCCGUCAUCGUCAACGCGCUGUGGCAGUACGUGAAGACGCACCGGCUGCAGGACCCGCACGAGCGCGAGUACAUCGCCUGCGACCGCUACCUCGAGCAGAUCUUCGGCGCGCCGCGCGUCAAGCUGGCCGAGGUGCCCGGCCGCCUCGGCGCGCUGCUGCACGCGCCCGACCCCAUCGUCAUCAACCACGUCAUCGCCGUCGAGCCGCCGCACGACGCCAAGCAGACCGCCUGCUACGACAUCGACGUCGAGGUCGACGACACGCUCAAGACGCAGAUGAACAACUUCCUGCUCAGCACCGCCAACCAGCAGGAGAUCCAGGGGCUCGACGCCAAGAUACACGAGACGGUCGACACCAUCAAUCAAUUGAAAACCAAUCGAGAGUUCUUCCUGAGCUUCAGCAAAGAUCCGCAACAGUUCAUCCAGAAGUGGCUAGUCAGUCAGUCACGCGACUUGAAGACGAUGAACGGCGGCGGCGGCAACCCCGAGGAGGAGCGGCGCGGCGCGUUCUACGCGCAGGCGUGGGCGGGCGAGGGCGUGGCGCGCUACAUGCACGCGCGGCUUCAGGCGCGGCGCCGCGACCUGGAGCUGGCGCUGCACCCCGCGCCGCAGCCCUUCCCGCACCUCGCGCGGCUCUGAACAAACAAUUAUAUGUAGUAAAACGUGUCGCUUCAC